AUGAAGAUCUCUGUGAGUUUUACGCUGUGGCUGCUGCUCGGCGCCGUCUCCCCAAGCGAAAGUACCGAUUAUCAGAAGACUUUUCCUCAAGACAUCUACGCUGCGCUGAGAGAGAUGACCGCCUCGUUGGUUCAACUGAAGGCUGACGUGAUGACGAUGCAGAGAGAAUUCCUGCAGACUCAAGGCCGACAGGUUGCGUUCUCAGCCUCUCUGUUGGUUGGCGGCCAAGCAGCAAAUUUAGGACCCUUUCCCUCGCCCCCUACCCUGGUCUUCCAAAACGUUAUCACCAACAUCGGAAAUGCCUACAACUCAAGCUCAGGUGUGUUCACUGCCCCGGUGAGAGGAGCGUACAACUUUGAGUGGACAGUCGGUGCAUAUGGAGACGGCAGCCACGGUUCAGCUGCUUGGUUGGUCAGGAACUCAGACCAAGUUUUCAUGGCAUACGAGUAUCAGACAUCCGGUUUUAUGAGUUCCUCUAAAGCCGUUACGCUGCUGCUGAAGGUGGGAGACGUUGUGUCUGUGCAUCUGGCGGCUAACACUUUGGCGUUUGACAAUGACAAUCACCACACCACCUUCAGUGGGUUUCUGCUGUUCCCCAUGUGA